UUGGACAACCAUGGGUAGCUCUUUUUUCCGAAUUCCCAAAGUGAAGGACGAUGCCAUGCGUAUUGUGUGUGUGAUUUUGAAUAUUUUCAUUUCUGGUACCGGAACCAUUGUGGGAGGUAUUAUUGAUGGAAAGGAUUCGAAUGUUAUUAUUUGCGGUAUUGCCCAGCUGAUUGUUGGCUGUUUUGGUAUUGGAUACAUCUGGAGCUGGAUCUGGGCUAUCUUCAUUGCUCUGCAGAAACAGGUGUGCUAAUAAGAAAAGUGUUU